AUGGCUGCCACUCCCACUGCCACGAUUUGGGCUGUGGAGCUAGCCACCCAGCUUGCCUCCUCGGCUAGAAUCAGAGCAUACGAUGUCGCCGACACUCAUUUUCCCCGUCGAGAAUACUGGCCGUCCAACAUCACAUUCGACAAGCUCGACUCCCUCAGUGAUCCCCCGUCAUCGUUGGUCGGCAAAUUUGAUGUAGUUCAUCUGCGCAUGUGGGCUUUCGUUAUCCGUGACAAUGAUCCGAGCCCGCUGAUUCGACAUGCCGCCAAAUUGCUCAAAUUGAAAUCUGAAUCAUUCCUUGUCUUCAUAUCCAUAGAGCCUGGCGGUUAUCUCCAGUGGGAGGACGCGCGAUUCGGCAGCAACGUAGCCAAAGGCGAUGCCGCUCUUCACGUUCAACAGAUGAUGGACAACAUGGGUGGCGCCUCAAAGCUGAACUUCCAGUGGCUCGACCAGCUCGACCAGCACGUGAAAAACGCUGGAGUGGACUUAGACGUCAUUGAUUGCCAGUACAAGUCUUGGUCGACUCAGCUUAUUCCGCUGUGCACUGAUACCUUCUUGGGGGCUAUAGAGAAUAGUGGCGCUAUUUUAGAGCAUUUGAAGAAGGUUGUACCAUCAGUUCCCAGCCCGGAGGAAUGGAACAACGGGCUUGAGACUCUGCAUGGAAGUAUGAUUGAUAAAUGCCAAUGUCGUGUCCUGAAGUUCAAUGUUUUGACGGAGUGUUCUCCUUUUCUCCCUUUGUCCACCUGCCGGUUACGGUCACCUCCUCCUCUAGGGCUCCGCGAGCCACGCCCGUGCGAUCGAUCAGUGAUCGAUCAGGCCCGCGCAGUGAGCGCUCUGGCAUACUUCACUGCGCGUAAAGCGGCAGGCCAAGGGCGCACAUAUCUCACUGUUAGAUCAUUCCGGGAGACUCGCCUGCAGCCUGCCAACCACGCAGAGAGCCAGCAUUUGCAUUGGACUAAUCCGUACAUUUGCAUCGAUAUGCGCUCUCGACAAGCCACCUCUGGUGGAAUCAAGAAGACAACGUAUGCAAGAGCUGGAGAAGAGGCCUCGGCCCUACGACGAGAAUUGCAAAAUGCUACUCCUCCUACUAUUGAUCACUGCUUCGAGAUAUUCUUCCGGGACUACCACCCGUUGCUUCCACUUCUGGAUCCUACAAAUACCCCGAAUGCUCUCUAUGGGAAGUAA